AUGGCGCCCAUUUUAGCUACUUGCGUGUCAUCACAAAGUGUCGGGAUAACCAGUUUAUGUUCUGCAAACAAAAUAACCCUUGCAGGUUUUUAUGGAUAUAAAACCCGUACUUACUUCUUUGCUGGAAUCGGAUUUCUUCCUUUCCUCUGGUGGAUUAACGUUUUUUGUUUUUUAAAAGAGUUGUCUGCCCCACAGGCAUAUCCAGAAUCAAAGCUGAUUAGGAAAUACGUCACUUUAAGUUUAAUUGGAGCAUUGUCUUGGACAGUUGUCUUUGCCGUUUGGAUUGUUACUUUCCUAAAUUUCCGGAUUAUGAUGAUGUCACCAAGGGAUAACGAAUGCCUUCCCAAUGGGUCUGUUUGGGAGGUUACAGACUUGCUAGCUGAGGAUACUGUCAUCGGUGAAACCCCUUGUAUUUACACUUCUUCAUCUGGAUCUCGGCAUAUCUUCAUAUCUACAAAGUCCGGAUUUAUGAGCCAGGUGCUUUACAUAAGUCGUCACGUGGACCGUUUAUUAUAUAAAUAUCAUAGUUCAUCUCAGUUCGAUCCCUCAAAACCGUCUGAAUUUUGGAUUCACGGUAUAGGACCGCUUAGUAUUCUGAGGACAGCUGAACUGGCUCUACACUUAAGUCAUCGAUUGUACCCUGGGCACCUCAAAAUAUCAACUUACACGAGCAGCUGUUCAACUAAGAAACACAUCAUAUCUCAAGUAGAAAAUGAGAAAAUUUCAAUAAGAGAAGAACCGCGGACUAAAGGUGCUAUUCAUGUCCAUAUCCGCUUGGUCCCCACACGCGAUACUUAG